AUGGCGACGAUAUACUGCUGCAGAGAGUGCGGCGCCAAUCUCAACCUACAAGCAGCGCACCUCUUCCCGUCGGAUUUCUACUUCGAGGCCGGCAACAAAAACACCCUCUCCUUCUCCGCCGUCGACUCGUCCAAGUUCAGGUUCAAGACAGAGGACAAAAUCAGGCCCUUUUUCGAGACCGUCAAUUAUUGGGGCAUUCAGAGGAAAAGGACCAAGAUCAAGUGCAAUAGCUGCGGUAAGCUGGUGGGUUACAUCUACGACGACGGGCCGCCGCUCACUAAUAGUAUUGGGCAGUUCGGGUUCGGGCCGAGUCAGGCUGUGCCGAGAAACCCUAGGUAUAGGUUCAAGGAAAAGGCUUUGUCUCUCAGUUCUCAGACUUGA